AUGUUUAUCGCACUCCUUGCUCCCGAGUUGAUUGUUGGGCAGGCCUACGAACAGAAGAAACAGGCUAAACUUGUCCACAACACUUGGUGCGCACACUUUAACAUCAAACCAGGAAGCCCCGAGGAUAAGAUGGGAAUUGAGGGGGCUUUUUUCGUCGUGAUGGGGGGUUUUGUGGUUAAUGAAGAUCCAGAAGCGGGGGAGGAUAGCGAGAAAGAUAAUUUCACAUGGCACCGCAGUCUUACCUCUAAGGGCUUCCUAAAUUACUUGUCGAAGAAUCAAAUCCCAUUGGAUGCUAUCAACAAGAGGGUGAUUGUGGAUAAAGGUAAAGCCGAUAUCGUUGCAAAGUUCCUUGUUUGUCUUCAAGCACUUUGGAUGGUCAUACAGGCCUCUGCGCGUAAAGCCAGCGGCUUGCCGAUUACAGUGCUCGAACUGCAUGUAGUCAUACAAGUGAUGUUUGUGUUGAUAACCUAUACUCAAUGGGGCUACAAACCCUUAAAUGCUAAUGAACCCAUAAUACUAAGUAUAGAAGGCGAAAUUGGGGUAACUUCGGCGCGUACUUUCCGAAAAGUUGGAAAAAAUGAAAAUUCGUUUUUGGAAAUUUUGGACUCUAUCGAGGCCAACUGGGAGCGUUCUCCCAGUAACGGCUGGGUGGUGAUAGGCGCAGCUGUCAUCACAGGCGUUGCUCAUGCGAGUGCUUGGAACUAUCCGUUCCCUACACAUAUCGAGAAAGUAAUGUGGAGGGUAUCAUCCAUCGCUCUCGCUGCACCGUCCAUGUAUUUUUCCGUGAGCGUUGUUUCGGAAACGGUGCGCAAAGUCACUAGAAAGUACUCUCGGGUGGACGAAUUAGACACCGGAAAGGGCUCUUGGGAGGACAGUACCCUCUAUUCAAUCCUUACAGUAGCCUUCUUCCUCACCUCUGUACCCCUUUACAUCUUGAGUAUCAUCUUUAUAACGGUGGAGGCGUUUAUAAGCCUGCGGAAGGUUCCUUUGAGGACCUACGAUUCUGUUCAGUGGAUGGAUUAUUGGCCUCAUGUUUAG